AUGCCUGUUUUGUCCAGCCCAAUUAAAACAGAAACCUCUCCACGGCCCUUCAGCCCCAGUAACAACCCGUUUCUUACUAAGAGCCCAGCUCCCUACUCUAGGCCCGCCAGCAAGAGACUCAUUCCCAGACUUGAGCCCGACGAGGUCUCUGCCAAGGUGGGAUUGGCCUCUUUGCCUGUCCAGCAUGAACGGAUGUGCAACCGUAAAGGCGCAAAGUUCACCAUGAUAUUGGCGGGCUGUAGCGGCACCGGUAAGUCUACGUUCCUCAACACCCUCUUUGGUGUGCCCUUGGACGAACACAAGGAGGAAACGUCGUCGAUCUUCUUUGAUAUCAGGGAACGCAAGUACGAGCUCACGGAGGGCAACUUCGACUUGCAACUCACCACGGUGGAUGUACCUGGCUUUGGCGCCAAAAUGGAUAACCAGUACUCCUGGAUGCCCAUUGUGAAGUACAUCGACCACUACUUUAGGCGCUACAUGCUCCAGGAGGAGCAGCCGGACAGAAGCAAGCUCGAGGAUAAUAGAGUUCAUGUUUGUCUCUACUUCAUCCAGCCUUCGAACACCUCGCUCUCUGCCUUGGACUUGGAGUCCAUGAAGGAGAUCUCAAAGCGGGUCAAUUUGAUCCCCGUCGUGGCCAGAAGCGACACUCUUAACAGAGACGAGCUUAUGGAAUUUAAAAACACCAUCAACAAGACCUUGGCGGCCUUUGACAUUGGUGUGUGUAAGUUCAUCUCUGACCAGGAGGUUAUCGACAAGAUCCACCUGGUGUCGCCCUAUGCCGUUGUGGGUUCCAACGCCACUUUCGAGAACAGCGAAGGUAAACUUGUCAGAGCAAGAAAAUACCACUGGGGAAUGGUGGAGAUUGAAAACCCAGAGCAUUGUGACUUUUUGGCUCUCAGAGAGAUCCUCAUGAGUGAGCAUAUGCUCGACUUGAUUCAGUCCACAGAGGCACACUACAACGCCUACAGACGGUUGUGUUUGAGAGACCGUUUGGAGCGUGCUGCCGAUAACGCAUUUCGUCAACCUCCCUCUCUUGAUGAUGACGAGGACGGCUUAGCGUCGUAUCUUCUCUACAAGAAAUCGCUGCCGUGGAGCACCAUUAUGUCCCAGGAUGACGUGGACGCUGAGGAUGCCCAAUUGAGCAAUGAAGUAAGGAAAAAUUUGGAAGAGUAUGUCAGAAAGACGGAGCUCAGUAUCAAAGAGUGGAGACAGAGUCUUGUUAGGAAACAAGCCGAGUUCAAUGAAGAUUUGAAGAGCAUUCACAUUCGGAUCAGCGAAUUGCGGAAUGAGUGUCACAGAUUGAAGAACGGCGGUUCCAAAGAGUCUGAUCAGGAUGCCGCAAGCCCAAUCUUGAAAAAUGAGUAUUUGGGAGAGUAG